AUGAUCUUCCCACCUCACGUUGGAGCUCUACGCUGUAGGAUGGUUGAGGGGCUCUGGAAAGAGUGUUCGUCUGUUGGACCCUUAGCCGAGUUGAUGGUUGAUAUUAUGACCUACAUCUCUAAGCCUAGUCUAACGUUAGCUUGUCCUAUGGAGGAGAGUAUCCUUGACAUUAGUACGAAGCCCGAGUUGGUCUUUGCUAGGGAAGGUGUGGUUUACGGUAUCUUCAAAUGCGCCUCUGUCAUUGCGCUUCAACAGAUAUAUCCUUCGGGCCAGAAGGAGAUCUUGGCCCUGACCGCCCCGUGUAACAUUUAUUAUUUUGCCUCUGACACAGGGCAUCUUCAUGUUCUCACUGGUACCGGUUCCUUGUUCGACUAUGACGUAGAGGCUCGUAAGAUGCACGCUACCUGGGAGUUACCACGGUUAUUUUCUGGUGGAAUGCAACCCACUCAUAUGGUUGUUAUCGGAAGCAAUCUGUUCGUCGCAGUUGCUCGAACAGAUCGCUUGGAGUUGAGGUGCGCGACUUUGAACAACGUGGGAGACAUUCGCGUCGUGUGGGCUAAGGCCAAAUCCGGUCAAUCUAGCAACAUUAACUGCUUGAAUCCGGUCUGUGUUGACCCUAUCACCGUGAGCAUUUUGUACCAUGAAGGGUCCAUCACUUAUUUGGCUACGCUGGAGAAAGUUAGAGAAACUUGUCCGGUUUUGUUCCGAGAGAAGGUGACUAAGGCUUCGCUCAAUGUAUCGGGUUCGGUGCCAAACGGUUGGAUAACUGGGUCCAAUAGUUUCCGCUUAAGGCACGGAGAUAGCGGUCAUUGCUCUCUCGUGGACAUCCAUUCUCAUGUGCAGACCGAGUCUUUCCCUUUGCAAGACUCUGCGGUUUUGACCUGCCCAGCUGCUGCUGAUCGUUCGGGUAACUUGUACUUCGUGCUCGACCGCGGCAUAAACCCUUCCCAGCAUGGACAACAGCGAAAAGCGGACUAUCGACUGCUGCGCGCUUCUCCGUUUUUGCGUUGCUAA